AUGAAAAAUUCAUCAUCAUCGACUUUCUUCAUCGAGUCUCUGAGAAUAUCCACCGGUAUUUCAAAAUUAAUAACUAUUGGAGGUUUCUGUUCUGACAGUCAAUUAUUCGGUGGUCAAAAACUGGAAGGUUUUCUAUUGGUUGGGGUCUCACGAGCUGACGAAGAGUUUACAAGUCAAGGUUUGGCAAAGAAACUUAAGAUUGAACAUUCUCAUUGUGAACAUCAAUUUUCAUAG